AUGUCGGAGCAGGAGUUCGCGGUGAGGGUGAACGACCAGUUGAAGUCCACGGAGUUGAGGCUGUGCGGCGCGCUCGGCAGGGACAAGAGGCAUGGUGCUCACAUGCGGGCUUUCUGGGCCUCGACAGUAUCUUUCUUCGUGGCGUUCGUGGGUUGGUUCGCCCUGAGCCCGAUCGCUAUCGAGGUGGUCCACAGCAUCGACGCUUGCGAAAACCAGCUCUUCCCACCGGUUGCGAACCCAGAGAGGAAAGCAUUCUUGAAGUUCAAGGCGAUCGCGUCGGGGAAGAAGUAUUGCCAGCAUGGGAAGAUCGGAGAGGAUAACGAUCCGACUGGGUGCCAGGAUGUGCCGCAGGACGUUUGGGACGAGAGUUGGGGCACGGUGGCGGAUAAUUUCGAAGUCCUCCCUAAGUGCGUUUGCAGCCCGGGCACGCACUGCGGUUCGACGAUCCUGUAUUCAAGCAUCACCUCGGUCGGCAUCACGAUCUUUGUGCGCGUGGCGCUCGGCACCCUCCUCGAGAGGUUCGGCCCGGUCAAUGUGCAGUCUGGCCUCCUGCUCUUCGGAGCCAUCUGGGUCUUCGCCGCGGCGGGCAUCUCGGCAGAGUGGAACUUCAUCCUCAUUCAAGGGGUGGAGCGGCCAGAUGGCUCGUGCAACAUGCCGGAGUCAUGGCCCCUGACCGUCGGCACUGAGUCCCGCGGCCUUCGCGACGCCAUUCUAGUGUUCACUAAUGACGACGGAUUCAGUCAGGAGCGCGCGGAGAAGACCCUCAACGCGCUUGUCAAGGAGUGGCUUUCGCUCGAGGCCGCCAUUAUCAGGCAGGAGUGCCAGCGUGGAGGUAUCAAGCGGGCAUGGCCAGAACAACAGCUAGCCGACGGGCUCGCCGAGAAGAUGGAUACACCCUGCCAAGACCGAGUCUUUCAUGAGGACCUCUGGUAUUUCGGACCAGAUCCCCGUACACCUCCUUUCCGGAAGCGCCAGCUCACCGACCUGCGGGAGGAGCUACAUCGAUCCCAACGGGUGGAGCUACAGGAGGACGCAGACACUCUCAACGCCAACUACGCACGCCCAACAGAUCACAGCGCCAUGGACGACAUUAAGCAGGCACUGCAGCGAAUGCAGCGCGUGACCCAUCGAUGCAUCGACAAGCUUCACGCGCCCAGGCGGACGCCUGCAGACAGCGAGAGGAAGCUAAACGCCAUGCCGAACUACGCAUUGCAAGGGAUUCUGCGCGAGUUGAAGCUCCCGGUGUCAGGCAUCAAGGUGGACCUUGUGGCGAGGAUCGUCAAUCAUUACAACCGUGGUUGGGACUUGUCUCGUUUUAACGUGAGCACGCGGCAGUGUUUCUUCGACAGCGGGGGCCGGCGGAUCCGCAUGAUGAUCGGUUGCGCGGGGGCCACGUUCGUCACAAAUCAGUUCUGGUGCUCCCUCAUGUUCGCCCCGAACGUGGUGGGCACCGCCAACGCGACCGCAGCGGGGUGGGGCAACCUCGGCGGCGGCGUCACACAGAUUUUCAUCGUGUGGUGCCUGUUCAAGCCCUUCCAGGAGAUGGGCGCGAGCUCUGACACGGCCUGGCGCCUGUCCAUGGUCGUCCCCGGUUGCGUCUUCGUCGCGGUUGCCAUCAGCAUGAAGCUGUUUUGCUGGGACAUGCCAACGGGGCCCCGCUUCAAGACCAGCGACACGGGCAAGACAUCAAACGCGUCGAUGUGGGACUACGUGGAGUGCUUGAAGGACCCCAGGAUCGUCAUUAUGAUCUUCCAGUACGGCGCCUGCUUUGGCACGGAGCUGGUCAUGAACGCGCAGCUGGCCACCCAUUUCCGCGUCUACUUCCAGAUGGAGGCCGGCGCUGCCUCUGCCCUGGCAGGCUCCUUCGGCCUGAUGAACUUGUUCGCGCGCUCAUUGGGCGGCAUCUUCAGCGAUUUUCUUUUCGCCAGAUUCGGUUUCUCUGGCCGUAUUUGGGCUCAGUUCCUCUGCCUUUUCCUCGAGGGCAUCUUCCUGCUCGGCUUCGGAUCUGUGGAGAACUCGCAGCCAUGGUACGUCGCCCUGGCCGUCUUGCUGUGUUUCUCUCUCUUCGUGCAGAUGACCGAGGGCACCAGUUACGGCAUCGUGCCGUUCAUGAACCCGAAGCAGCUCGCGUGCACAUCCGCGCUGGUGGGGGCGGGCGGGAACUUGGGCGCCGUGAUCGCCCUGUGGUGUUUCUACAACACCCUUGGGCCCAUCGACACCCUGCUCCCGUUCAAGGUCCACGGUGCCUACGUGAUCUUUUGGGCGAUGACCUCUCCGGCGUUCUACUGGGCCGACAAGGGCGGCAUGUUCUGCGGCGCCAGUGACCCCGCCUUCCAGAAACCCGCGCCCAAGGAAUCGGACCGCGCCAGUGCGAGCGAGACUGGGCCCGAGGCUGAGCCCGCGGUGGUUUCGAGCGAGGCCGAGUCCGAGGAUGUCGAUGGUGAGGCCGAGCCCGCAGAUGCCGCCCACGGGCCCGACCCCGCGGAGAACGCAGACACCGAGCACUUCCUGGAGGCCUCCGAGAGCGAUCCGCCCGUCAGCGAGCGAGCCCAAGAUGUAGAAAGCAGCCCAUCGUGCAUGGAGAUUUCUGAGGGCCGCGGGGCCAGUUCCGACUUCGACAGCCUCCUGACGGAUAUCUCGAUGGAAGUCGGCGAUGACCCUGCUGCCCCAGACGCCCGCCACGAGCCUGAGGCUUGCCCCGUCCCGGACCGCGGCGGCGACCUGAUCCCUGAGAAGGAUCCCUGA